ACAAGACCCGGCUCCCUAAUAUGUCGUUAUCGACAUGGACUUUCCCACUAAUAACAAUUUUUUUUUUUUGGACGAAAGUUCCACUAAUAACAAUAAGUAAUGACUCAGGACUUUUGCCAAUUGCUUGCAGGACUAAUUAAUUCCUCAAGUCUUGACUUGACCCAAAACCCUGAAUCCUAAGCCACUGAAUUAAGGACGCAAAAAUUUAAUCAGGACAAGCAAGAACCCGAGCAAUCAAGUGAGAAACAGAGCAAGAACCCGAGCAAUCAAGCAGCUUUCCCAUUUCAUGAUCCUCCAUCAACAUUAAUUCAACACCCACCCACGCCCCCCACCCCGGCGCCGCCCCCUAAGCUGUUUCAAUUAUUUCUCUGUUUGCUAUAUUUCAUAUCAUGAAGAACGUCACAAGCAGCAAACACCUUUAUGCAACCUUAAAACCUCUUUACCUAUUAUCUCUGUUUCUACACAUGAUCCUCACCCUAGUGGUGGCCCAAGAUGACGGGUCCGAUUUGAUCCACGUUGCAUGCGGCUAUACCGUCCCCCAAUUCAAUUCGCCUGAUCACCUCCGACAUUGGAUUGGAGAUGUGUUAUCAAAAUAUUCCCCCUUAGAAGAACACCAGUCUGGUCAAGCAUCCGUAGGCAGAGAAGCUCCACCGUCCUCCUCCGUCACCAAAAUGCCUUACACCUGGGCUCGGCUUUCUCGUUCUGCAUUUACUUACAGGUUUUCCCUUGCUACGGACGGCCAAAAGUUCAUUCGCUUGUACUUCAACCCAGUUUCAUAUGGCCCUGACUUGGACCGCUCUAAAGCACUUUUCUCUGUCGCAGCCGGUGGCUAUACCUUUCUCCACGACUUCAGUGCUUCAGUCACCGCAGAUGCUUAUGGCGUGGAGACGCUGUGCAGAGAGUUCUGUUUGAACGUUGAUGGAAAAAAGCUCCUCAACAUCACAUUUACUCCAAGCCAAUCAAGCCUAGAUGCGUACGCUUUUAUCAACGGAAUUGAGAUCGUAUCCAUGCCUACCAAUUUCAACUACACUGUACCCGAUGGGGUAACUAGUUAUGUAGGCAACGACGGAGGAAAGGAGUUUCGCGUCGGAAACAGCACUGCUCUGGAGACGGUCUAUCGAAUGAACGUAGGUUGAAUCUCACUCUCCAUUCAAAACGACAGUGGCAUGUACCGCAAUUGGGAUGGCUUGGAAAAGGAGCAAAAUUAUUUGGAAGCUUCAAGUUUGAUUUUCAGCAGGAUAGAAUAUGCCAAUAUUACACUCGGCUAUUCCGAAAUAGCAAACUACGCAGCGCCAACACAAGUUUACCAAACUGGCCGGUCAAUAAUGAGCGCGGACUCAACCAAGAACUACAAUCUCAGCUGGGAAUUCCCUGUAGACUUCGAGUUUGCUUACCUAGUUAGGAUGCAUUUUUGUGAGAUCCCACCGGUCGAACAUUUUAGAUCGUUUGAAAUUUACAUAGCCGAUCACAGAGCUGAAGAGCAGGCCAACAUAUUGGCAUGGCGUGGUGGACCUGGAAUUCCAUUGUACAGAGACUACGUUGUGUCCAUGGAUAGCUCUGGAAGCAGCCAGAAGAAGACAAAUCUUUCUAUCGCUAUGUAUGGCCCAUCCAACAGCGCAUUAUUGAAUGGGCUUGAAAUCUUCAAACUGAAUAACUCAAGAGGAAAUCUCGCCGGACCCAACCCAGACCCACGUCACCACGUACCUCGACCAAAACUGACGCAUAUGCACGUCAUUGUUGCUGGUGCAGUUUCCGGCAUAGUUGUCCUGAUUUCUGCCCUCGUAGGAACAUUCUUGCUUUUCAGGCGAAAUAGGAGGAAAGCCAAGUCCUCGAGUGCCAAUUCUUUACCGCCUUAUUCGUGUCGUUACUUUUCACUGGCAGAGAUCAAAGCCGCCACCCAAAACUUUAACAGUGGUUUUAUUAUUGGAGUUGGAGGGUUCGGAAACGUGUACAAAGGAUGUAUUGAUGGCGGGGUCACUCCGGUUGCAAUCAAACGGCUGAAACCCGAGUCAUCACAAGGGGCGCACGAGUUCAAGACGGAGAUUGAAAUGCUCUCGCAGCUUCGCCAUCGCCAUUUGGUUUCUCUCAUCGGAUAUUCAAGUGAUAAUGGUGAAAUGAUUUUGGUGUACGAUUACAUGGCACGGGGGACUCUAGCUGACCAUCUCUACCACCACAAAGAUAACCUACCUCCGCCUCCUCUUCUUUCUUGGGAACAGCGGCUUCAUAUUUGUAUAGGUGCUGCGCGAGGGCUGCAGUACCUCCACAAUGGGGGGCUGCAGUACCUUCACAGUGGGGCUAAGGGCAACAUCAUCCACCGCGACGUGAAGAGCACCAACAUCUUGUUGGACGAGAAAUGGGUGGCCAAGGUUUCUGAUUUUGGGUUGUCAAAAAUGGGCACUGCCGACACGUCCAAGACUCACAUCAGCACAGUGGUGAAAGGAAGUUUCGGGUAUCUGGACCCGGAAUAUUACCGACUACAACGGCUGACUGAGAAGUCAGAUGUGUAUUCAUUUGGGGUAGUGUUGUGUGAGGUGUUGUGUGGUAGGCCAGCCGUGAUGCAUACAGAUACAGUGGAGCUGGGGCAAAUCAACUUGGCUCAGUGGGCCAAGAGAUGUUACCAUGAUGGGAAACUGGAUCAAAUUAUUGACCCAAGCGUUCAUAGGGGUGGUAAAAUGAUUGAAACUGAGGGCUUGAAUAAGUUUGUUGAGAUUUCAAUGAGUUGCAUGCAUGAUAAUGGCAUCGAACGACCAUCGAUGAAUGAUGUUGUGAGGGGGCUUGAGUUUGCAUUGCAGCUUCAUCGCAACUGCGUUGAAAGCAACGCUAGUAGUAGUGAGCAAAGUUGUGUGACCGAUGAAUCCAUUAAAUGCAUAUCCGCCACCAUCUUCUCUGAGAUCAGGGAUCCCAGUGGGAGUUAUAUCAAAGAGAAACGCGUACUAAGUGCAGAGCACAGAAAACCGGGCAAGAACCCAUUUUAUCUCCAUCAACACUUACACCUCAACCUUCUCUUUCUCUUGCUAUAUAUAAUUAGUAUCAUGAACAACUUCUCUUUCUCUUGCAAAUACCUUUAUACACCCAUAAAAUCGUGUCUCACUUCUCUUUACCUUUCCUUGUUUCUGUCCACCAUCGUCAUCCUACUCGUGGCGGCUGGAGAUUCGCCACCUAUCUACACUCCGGUGGAAGAUAUCACCGUCAAAUGUGGUUAUUCCGGCAACUCGUUCAACGAACAUGAUCGCCGAAAUUGGACUGGAGAUAUCAACUCAAAAUUUUCCCCCCUUGAACGCCAAGCAGUUGGUAACACAUCCAUAUUCAAACAAGCACCUCAUUCGAACACCGUCCAACAAGUGCCUUACACCACAGUGCGACUUUCUCGCUCUGAAUUUACUUACAGUUUUAAAAUCACAAGUGGCCAGAAGUUCAUCCGCUUGUAUUUCAACCCAGUUUCUUAUGGCCCUGACUUUGACCGAUCCAAAGCCAUCUUCUCAGUCAAAGCCAGGGGCUUUAACCUUCUCCACGACUUCAAUGCUUCAGUCACUGCCGAUGCGUCUGGGUUGGACAGAAUAUACAAAGAGUUCUGUUUGAACAUGUAUAAAGAAGAGAGCUUGAACAUCACAUUCACUCCGAGCAUAACAAUCCCAGAUGCGUAUGCGUUUAUCAACGGAAUUGAAAUUGUGUCCAUGCCCACCGAUCUUUACUACGGUUUACCCGAAAGUGGCCGUCAGAUUGAAACUAUAGGCACCGGAAGCUACUUUUCCCUCGAAAACAGCACUGCUCUGGAGAUGGUCUACAGAAUAAACGUCGGUGGAAACUCAAUCUCUUCCAAUCAAGACACUGGCAUGUACCGCAAUUGGGAUGGUUUCCCAGAGGAGCGGAAUUACUUGGACAACGUAAGUUUAAGAAGGAGCGUUCUAACACAAAACUUGAGUAUUCAACUCAACUUUUCUGAAAUACCAGCGUACACAGCGCCAAAGCAAGUUUACCAAACCGCCCGGUCUAUGCGCAUAAACGCUACCAUGAACCAGAACUACAAUCUCACCUGGGAAUUCCCUGUAGAUUCCAUGUUUUCUUACCUGGUUAGGCUUCAUUCCACGAUGAUAUAUCCGCAGUUUGAAUUUCACAUAGCCAAUCAAACAGUUCUAACAACUUCAGACCCAUUUUUCUGGACCUGCCGAACGGGCCUGGGCGUCUCGAUUCCAAUCUAUAGCGACUACUCAGUGUUUAUGUCUGGCCCCGGACCCGAGAGCAAAGUUAAUCUCUCUAUCGCACUACAAGUCGAUUCGUCCAACGAAAAUGCAUUUUUGAAGGGUCUCGAAAUCUUCAAACUGAUUGACCCAAAUGGUAAUCUCGCCGAUACCGACCCACCAAAGGGUACGACGUCAAGCUCAAAAAAACCCAAAAACAAGGCAAGGACACGUAUGCUUGCCAUCGUCGCCGGUGUAGUUUCCGGCAUACUUGUGCUUUCUGUCUUCGCAUUCUUUGUCUUCAGACAAAGAUGGAAAGUCAAGUCCUCUGGCUCCCCCCAAGGGACGACUAAGUCAACAAAGACCUACGAGUCAUCUUUACCGUCUGAUUUGUGUCGUUCCUUUUCACUUACUGAAAUCAAAGCUGCCACCCAAAACUUCAAUAAAACUUUCAUUAUUGGAAUAGGAGGAUUUGGGAACGUGUACAAAGGCUGCAUUGAUGGUGGCGCCACCCGUGUUGCAAUCAAACGACUGAAACCCGAGUCAUCACAGGGGGCUCAUGAGUUUAAGACGGAAAUCGAGCUACUCUCUCAACUCCGUCAUCGCCAUUUGGUUUCACUCAUUGGGUUCUGCACCGACAAAGGCGAGAUGAUCUUGGUCUACGAUUACAUGGCACGUGGGACUCUCGGUGGCCAUCUCUACCGCUCCGAUAACCCACCUCUUUCAUGGGAACAACGGCUUCAAAUUUGUAUUGGCGCAGCGCAAGGGUUAUGCUACCUUCACAGCGGUGCCAAGGGCUCUGUUAUUCACCGCGAUGUGAAGAGCACAAAUAUUUUAUUGGAUGAGAAAUGGGCGGCAAAGGUUUCGGAUUUUGGGUUGUCCAAAAUGGGCACAACCACCAUGUCCAAAACCCACAUCAGCACGGCGGUGAAAGGUAGUUUCGGGUAUUUGGAUCCGGAAUACUAUCGAUGUCAGCGGCUGACUGAGAAGUCUGAUGUGUACUCAUUUGGUGUCGUGUUGUGCGAGGUAUUGUGUGGGAAGCCAGCUUUGAUUCAUACGGCGGAGGGGACUCGAAUGAGCCUUGCUGAGUGGACCAGGAGAUGUCAUCGCGACGGGGAACUUGAUCAAAUCAUCGACCCAAGUUUGAGGGGUAUGAUUGGAGCCGAGUGCCUGAAUAAGUUUGGUGAGAUUGCUGUGAGCUGCAUCCAGGAUAAUGGGGUUGACCGGCCUUCGAUGGAUGAUGUUGUGAGGGAGCUUGAGCUUGCCUUGCAGCUUCAUCAAAAGAGCAUUGGAAGUAAGGGUGACAAUGAGGUUGCCUUUCACAGUGACACUGCUGCCAAAGCUAGUAGCAGUGAGCUGACUUGUGCAACCGAUCAAUCUAUACAACGUAUAUCCGGAACAAUCUUUUCUGAGAUUAACGAUCCGAAUGGAAGAUGAUGAGCAAUGUGGCUAGAAGCAUAGGCACUUACGAUCGAGGGGCCUGGACUAUGAUUUCAGUGGGAUAGUAAAUAUGUUACAUCAAUGUUUCAUAUCAGUUGUAUUUGAACAAAAUUAAUUGAAUGAAAAAUUAGGGGCCAUGAGUC